AUGGGCGAUCUCAAAAGAAAAGCCGGAGAAGAUGCUCCCACAAAAACAAAUAAGAAAAAGAAGAAGAGCAAAUACGAUGCAGAGGAUGAGUCUCUAGACAUGGAGCUUGGCCUCAACACUCUCAUUGCUAGACUCGACAGCCAGCUUCUCGCCGAUUACCUCGCCCAAAAGACCAGUAGAUUUGGUACUGAUCUCAGCCCUGUUGAAAUGGCGGAUUUGACAAUCUCAGCGACAUCCAUUCAUGAUGCAACUGGGUUCGAAGGCACCAGAACGUUAGAAAAGCUACCGGAAUUCCUCGAGUCCUUCUGUCGUAACCCGGAAAGCUUGAGCAAGUCGUCUAAGAAGAACGGCUCACCGCAUACAAUCAUCGUCACCGGUGCAGGCUUAAGAGCAGCGAACAUCGUUAGAGCUGUCCGCAAGUUCGGCGGCAAGGAUAACGCUAUUUCCAAGCUGUUUGCCAAACAUAUGAAGGUUGCUGAGCAGGUCACAUAUCUUAAAGCUACCAGAACGGGUAUCGCCGUCGGAACACCAGCGCGUCUAUCGGAACUGAUUGAAAACGGAUCAUUAAUGCUCACUGGUCUGCACCGAAUCGUCGUUGAUGCGUCUCACAUUGAUCAGAAGAAGCGAGGAAUCUUGGACAUGAAAGACACCAUGAUGCCCCUGGCAAAGUUCCUUACUAAGAAGGAGUUCCAGGAAAGAUAUUCGGAUGAGGAUAAAAAGCUUUCUCUUUUGUUCUUUUAG